AUGAGUCAUUAUCUGGUGGCAAAGACAAGCAAUUAUCUGGUGGCAAAGAUAAGUUAUUAUCUAGUGGCAAAGAUAUGUCAUCUGGUGGCAAUGAUAAGUUUUUAUCUAGUGGCUAAGCCAUUAUCUGGUAGCAAAGAUAAGUCAUUAUCUGGUGGCAAAGAUAAGUCAUUAUCUGACGGAAAAGAUGAGCAAUUAUCUAGUGGCUUAGAUAAGUCAUUAUCUGCUGGAAAAGAUAAGUCAUUAUCUGGUGGCAAAGUCAAGUCAUUAUCUGCUGGCAAACAUAAGUCAUUAUCUGGUGGUAAAGACAAGCCAUUAUCUGGUGGCAAAGAUAAUUCAUUAUCUGGUGGCGAGGUUAAGUCAUUUUAUGGUGUCAAAGAUAAGUCAUUAUCUGACGGAAAAGAUGAGCAAUUAUCUAGUGGCUUAGAUAAGUCAUUAUCUGCUGGAAAAGAUAAGUCAUUAUUAGGUGGCAAAGUCAACAAAGAUAAGUCAUUAUCUGGUGGCAAAGAUAAGUCAUUAUCUGACGGAAAAGAUGAGCAAUUAUCUAGUGGCUUAGAUAAGUCAUUAUCUGCUGGAAAAGAUAAGUCAUUAUCUGGUGGCAAAGUCAAGUCAUUAUCUGGUGGCAAACAUAAGUCAUUAUCUGGUGGCAAAGACAAGUCAUUAUCUGGUGGCAAAGAUAAGUCAUUAUCUGCUGGAAAAGAUAAGUCAUUAUCUGGAGGCAAAGAUAAGCCAUUAUCUGGUGGCAAAGAUAAUUCAUUAUCUGGUGGCGAGGAUAAGUCAUUUUAUGGUGUCAAAGAUAAGCCAUUAUUUGGUGGCAAAGACAAGCCAUUAUCUAAAGACAAAGGCAAACUAAUACCGGGUAUCAAAGACAAAUCAUUAUCUGGUGUCAAAGAUAAGCCAUUAUCUGGUGGCAAAGAUGAGUCAUUUUAUGGUGUCAAACAUAAGUCAUUAUUUGGUGGCAAAGACAAACCAUUAUCUGGUGGCAAAGAUAAGUCAUUUUAUGGUGUCAAAGAUAAGUCAUUGUCUGGUGGCAAACAUAAGUCAUUAUCUGGUCGCAAAGACAAGUCAUUAUCUGGUGUCAAAGAUAAGCCAUUAUCUGGUGGCAAAGAUGAGUCAUUAUCUGGUGGCAAAACUAGUCAUUAUCUGGUGGCAAAGAUAACUCAUUUUAUGGUGUCAAAAAUAAGUCAUUGUCUGGUGGCAAACAUAAGUCAUUAUCUGGUCGCAAAGAUAAGCCAUUAUCAGGUGGCAAAGCUAAGUCAUUAUCUGGUGGCAAAGCUUAGUCACUAUCUGGUGGCAAAGGCAGGCCAUUAUCUUAUAGGUAAACACGCUAUUAUCUGGUGGCAAAGGCAAGUUAUUAUCUGGUGGCAAAGAUAA